AUGGAGACGCCGCUGAUUGUCGCGGCGCAGAACAGCGCAAUCCGCACCAUCACAUCUUUAACUGCUUUAGGCGCCGAUGUCGACGCUCAGGAUGCAAACGGUAACACGGCGAUGCAUUACGCGUUUCUUAACUCUUCGGAUAGGGCAAUUGACUCGCUCGCACACGCGUACGCGAACUUCAAUAUACCAAACGCCGUUGGAAGAACCGCUAUGCAUCUCCUGUCAAUUAGCAAUAGCCCAAAUUUAGCGAGACAAUUAUGUCGUAAUAUUCUAAGAAUUGAUAUGACUAUUUUGGACCAGGAUGGGAACACCCCAUUCAUGGCUGCCGUCAGAUAUGACAGCAGUCGUAUGCAGUAUUUCCUGCAACUCGGGUAUAGACCUGAGGGAAAAGAAAAAUACGGAAAUACGCCUUUACAUAUCGCGGUGAGAUCUAAAAAUCUCGCAACGAUAAAGCUAUUGGCCCGAAAACCGCAUAUAAAUUUUGUGAAUGACGAUGGCCGCAGCCCACUGGCUGCCGCGAUCGCCAUUGGUAACGAAAUGGCUACGGAAAUAUUAUGGCGCCAUAACGCGGAUCCGCACAUCGUAGACAAGGCUGGCAACACCUUGUUGCUUCUUGCGUGUGCCGGCCCGUCAAUAGUAAUACUUAAACAUAUUUUGGAGCAUUGCUCAGAAGUGACGAUGUGCAAUGUAGCCGGCGAGACCGCGCUGAAUUUGGCAUCUGCGGCUAAAAAUUCUAGCGUUAUUUUUGAAAUUUGUAAAAGGGGAGCGACUGUCACAGCACAGGAUUGCCGAGGAAGGAGGCCUUUAAUUAUAGCAAUCAUGUCGGGAAAUCGACAGGCCGCAGUGGUCCAAUUAGAAUGGCAAUUUGCCGCAGGGACGGAUCUGCUUUCGAUAAUAGAUUUAGCAGGGUUAAACGCUUCGCAAUACUGCGAUUUAUUUGCUGAUCUGGAAACUAAAGAGUGUAUCCGGAAUUUAGAAAUAGCAUUUGAGAGAGCCCAACAAAUUCCCGUCCAAACUAGAACGAUAUAUUUUAACAUACCAUCAGAAACAGUUGAAUUGGAUUACGAGAAUGACGACCCCCUCGAAUUCCGACGAAUCAACUGA